AUGGUUUUUAUAAUAAAUUUAUCUUUUGUUUUUAUUUUGAUAAAUGUUGUAUUGCAUGUUUCAUCUAAUGACUGUAAUUUAUUUUCAAAUUAUAUAGCGAGCAAAAAUCUAUUUAUAAUAAAUACAAAUGAAUCUAUAGAGUUCAUUCCUUCCGGAUUGGAAUUAAAAGAAUCUGAAUGGGAAGAAAUAGAACGUAACUCCACAUUUACUAAUAAGGUUGAUUAUAAUGAUGACCAAUUCAUAGACACUCUCACAGAAACAGAAUUAAAUAUAAGUGAUAACGAACUCACUGAUGCCAUUCACAAAAGUCUCGUUGAAUCUGAACUUUCAAAUGAUAUAAUUAGUGUUUUUCCGAACAGAUUUAUUGUUAGAACAGAAGAGACCACAAAAGCCAUAGUCUAUUCGAUUAAAUAUGGAGCUACUUUUAAUUUUAAAAUUAAAGCAAAAUGUAAAAAAUAUCAAAUGAAAUAUCAUUAUUCAUCUUUGAAUGGUUUAAUUUGUAAAACCCAUUACGCCUUGGGCAGAAGAUUCAGCUUUAAAAGUGGCAACCUCAAAUUGUUUUUAUGGUCUAUUGCCGAUAACGGCAAAAUUGAUGGCGAAGUAAAAUGUGAUGUUUAA